AUGAGCCAAGUGGAAGCAUCAGCCUCGUCGGUCGCUGUUGAUGGGCUUCUCUCUCUGUCGCUGGCUGCGGCCAGUGCUGCACCCAUUCUCAUGAAGCGCGACAGCGCGCAAGAGGACUUGCCAACCGUAGACGGCUCUAAUGGGCCGAGCAGCUCGACAUCGGGAGGUGGGAGUACCGGCGUGGGUUCUAAGGUGCAUGCAUCCCAUAAGUAUCGGCGGCCCUCUUCAGCCGGUCAGGCAAGGAGAAGACUAAGCGAAGCCCGGGAGGCAGCCAGCCGUCCUUCGCCGGUGACGAUCUCCGCCGCUGCUGCGGCGCUCACGUCUCUGGCGAAGCUAUCGCUGAGCGGCACCCCGCCGCCUCAGACUUCCACGACCCUAGUGUCUGCGUCGGGAGUUAUGGACUCCACUACGAACAGCACAAAGCAGGAGGCGACGGAAACCGAUCCUGUGGGCUCAGAACUUGUCGUAACUGGAAUUAGCGUCACGAAUAGCAAGACUGGUGCAGGGAAGAAACGAGGGUCGAUUUUCAAGUGCGAGAGCUGCUCAAAGGUGUAUCGGCAUCCGUCGUGCCUCAUUAAGCAUCGCUGGGAGCACUCUCCGCAUUGGCGCGAAGCGUCCAAGUUCCUUCUUAGCAAACAUCAGCAAGUCCAGAUGCUGGAGGCUGCUGCCAUUCUGUCGCACAUAACCCCGUCCGCCACAGGCGGCUCGUCACUUCCCGAAGACCGCUCGCUAUGGCCUUCCUAUCUCUCCGGGGGUCUGCUACCUCCCCCGAGCCAGGCCAACACUCUCAGCAUUCGCACGGCAGCAAUCAAGCCAAGCAUGUCCACCUUCUCACUCGAGCAGCCUGCUCCGUUCCCAAGCUCGAGCUCCGUUCCUGCACCGUCGGUGCUGGUCGCGCGCUCCGGCCCACGCAUGCACGACUACGCAGUCCCCGCUGUCGGCGGCGUCACUGAGCUACGCCCGGGCGUCCUUGCCGUGCCCAACACUGGGACCAGCAGUCACACACCGCCUGUGACGGACAACGGUGCGGACACACCCGCGCCCCAACGCUCCGUGCCCGUGCCUAUGCCAGGUGCCGGCGCGAACACGCACCAUCACGCGCGCGACGGUGGAUACAGUCUCGUGAGUGCGCCGUCCGACGCGUGGAGCUCGCCGGUAUCAGUCGGUUUCGCGUCGUCUUCAUUCCGUUCGUCCGGCGCGUCUGCGAUCGAGCGCUCGUAUUCGGACGGGGCCGGUGGCUGGUCGCUACCACGGUCCUCCGUGCGCUCCAGCUCGCGGUCGCGGAGCGGAUCGGAGGAAAGCGAGUACGUAGAUGUAGAUGGCGACGGAGAAGACUACAACGUGGCUGGGAGGUACGGGUUUUCGGCGCGAUCACGCAAGUCAGAGGGCGUGCGGUCAGUCAACGGUGGCCCUGAGAAGAUCGAGGAGGAGUGGGACGGCAUGGAGAUGGAAAUGGAAAUGUGA